CGCGGCCGGGGGGCGGCGGGGCCGGCGCGGUUGCCAUUUCCCCUGGCCCACGGAGCUGCCGGGCGGGCGGGAGCGAGGGCGGGAGGAGGAGGAGGAGAGGGAGGAGGACGGAGGGAGGGGAGAGGGAGGUGGCCGAGCCGGAGUGAACUGAGGCGCUCAGCUGCCAACACUCACACACCGCCUGCCGCCGCCGCCGCGCUGCUCCCGGGCUCCGGGCAAGAGGGGAAGGGAAGGCAGAGGAGCACGGGCAGGGGAAGUCAGAGCGGAGGGAAACGGGAGAAGGAACCUCCUCCCCGUAGGCAGAGGACUUCCAUGUAGCGGGAGACAGCGGAGAAGGCUGGCGCUCCGGAACUGUGCGAGAAGCUCUCCGAGCAAGUUACUUAAUCCCUGAAGAGCAGCGGGAGGAGGGGACGGCACCGAGCCCUGCUGCCGCUCGUAGUCACCAUUCCCAGCCCCUCAUCGCUCGACCGCGGGCAGUUCAAUGCACUAUUCCAGGCUCUUUCUAGUUUCCUCCUCGGGCUAACUUCGGAGGACGCGCCGCCGCUGUCGCCCGGAGGUGAGGCGGAGAGCCUCGGAAGAAGGAAGGAGAAGUUUCGCGGGAGCUGCGCGCGGAGGAGCAGAAGAUGGGCUGGAAACGCCGCUGCUGCUGGGGAGGCGGAGGCGGCGGAGACCUUCUCUGCCGGUUAACCCUGGUGCUGGGGUUCCUGCUGCCCGCCUGCAGGACGCGCCUCUACACCAACCACUGGGCUGUGCGGAUAGCCGGGGGGCUGCCGGAGGCCAACCGGAUAGCUAGCAAAUACGGAUACGUCAAUAUAGGACAGAUUGGAACACUGAAGGAUUACUACCACUUUUACCAUAGUAAAACAAUUAAAAGGUCAGUUCUCUCAAGUAGAGGUACCCACAGCUUCAUUUCAAUGGAACCAAAGGUGGAGUGGAUACAACAGCAGGUGGUUAAAAGAAGGAUAAAGAGGGAUUAUAAACCUGGAGGUACCCAAUCCACUUAUUUCAAUGAUCCCAAGUGGCCAAGCAUGUGGUACAUGCACUGCAGUGAUAACACUCACCAUUGCCAAUCAGAUAUGAAUAUAGUAGGUGCUUGGAAGAGAGGUUACACUGGAAAGAAUGUUGUGGUGACCAUCUUGGAUGACGGCAUUGAAAGAAACCAUCCAGACUUGAUGCAAAAUUAUGAUUCGCAGGCCAGUUUUGAUGUCAAUGGAAAUGAUUUUGACCCUAUGCCUCGAUACGAUGCCAGCAACGAGAACAAGCAUGGAACCCGUUGUGCUGGAGAAGUGGCAGCCACUGCAAACAACUCACACUGCACAGUGGGAAUCGCCUUUAAUGCCAAGAUUGGAGGUGUAAGGAUGCUGGAUGGAGAUGUCACAGACAUGGUAGAAGCAAAGUCUCUGAGUCUUAAUCCCCAGCACAUCCACAUCUACAGUGCUAGCUGGGGGCCUGAUGACGACGGCAAAACUGUAGACGGACCUGCUUCUCUAGCACGUCAGGCCUUUGAGAACGGCAUCCGAAUGGGACGAAGAGGCUUAGGGUCAGUUUUCGUUUGGGCAUCUGGAAAUGGUGGAAGGAGUCGAGACCACUGCUCCUGUGAUGGCUACACCAAUAGCAUCUACACUAUCUCCAUAAGCAGCACAGCUGAAAGUGGGAAGAAACCAUGGUACCUGGAAGAAUGUGCCUCCACACUUGCUACAACAUACAGCAGUGGAGAAUCCUACGACAGGAAAAUAAUCACCACAGACCUGAGGCAGCGUUGCACAGACAGCCAUACUGGAACAUCAGCCUCGGCACCAAUGGCUGCAGGCAUCAUUGCACUGGCACUGGAAGCAAAUCCAUUUCUGACAUGGAGAGACAUACAACAUAUUAUUGUCAGGACUUCUCGUGCUGGACAUCUGAAUGCUAAUGACUGGAAAACCAAUGCAGCUGGUUAUAAGGUGAGCCACCUCUAUGGAUUUGGACUGAUGGAUGCUGAAGCAAUGGUGAUAGAGGCAGAAAAGUGGACAACAGUCCCUCCACAGCAUGUGUGUGUGGAGAACACGGAUCGGCAAAUCAAAACAAUAAGACCUGACAGUGUCGUCCGUUCAAUUUACAAAGCCACGGGCUGUUCUGAUAAUCCUAAUCACCACGUGAUCUACUUGGAGCACGUUGUUGUGCGCAUCACUAUUACUCACCCUCGACGUGGAGACCUGGCAAUUUACCUAACCUCUCCUUCUGGAACCAGAUCACAGCUCUUGGCCAACAGGCUAUUUGAUCAUUCCAUGGAAGGAUUCAAAAACUGGGAGUUUAUGACUACUCACUGCUGGAGUGAAAAAGCAGCAGGUGACUGGAUCUUGGAAAUCUGUGACACGCCAUCUCAGCUGAGAAAUUUCAAGACUCCAGGCAAAUUGAAAGAGUGGUCCUUAGUACUAUAUGGAACAUCCAUCCAGCCAUACUCACCAAGAAAUGACUUUCCAAAAGUGGAAAGAGUACGCUCCAGUCCAGUUGAAGAUCCUACAGAAGAUUAUGGAACAGAAGAUUAUUCAGGUCCGUGCAAUGCAGAAUGCAGUAAAGUAGGGUGUGAUGGGCCAGGACCAGAUCACUGUACUGACUGUCUUCACUACUACUACAAAUCCAAGAACAACACACGGAUCUGUGUUUCGACCUGCCCACCUGGUCACUACAAUGCAGACAAGAAACGCUGUAAAAAAUGCUCACCCAAUUGUGAAACCUGUGUUGGAGGCCAUAGUGACCAGUGCAUGACCUGUAAAUCUGGCUACUACCUGAAUGAAGUAACCAAUAGCUGUAUUACCACCUGCCCCGAUGGGUUUUACCUGGAUAAGAAUAAGAUUGUUUGCCGAAAAUGCAGUGAAAACUGUAAGACAUGUGUUGAAUUCCAAAUCUGCACAGAAUGCAAACAUGGGCUAAGUUUGCACGGCACAAAAUGUGCUAUCCGCUGUGAAGAUGGAAAAUACCAUAAUGGCAGGGAAUGUGAACCAUGUCACCGUUCAUGUGCAACAUGUGCAGGUGCUGGAGUAGAUGCAUGUAUAAACUGCACACAGGGCUAUUUUCUGGAAGAUGGAAGGUGUGUGCAAUCCUGCAGUACUGGUUACUACCUUGAUCACUCUACUGAAAGUGGAUACAAAAGCUGCAAAAGAUGUGAUGCCAGCUGUUUGGAUUGCAGUGGUCAAGGAGACAGAAACUGUACGAUCUGCCCAAGUGGUUAUAACCUAGACUCUGGUGUCUGCGUAGUGGGAACAGUCUGCAAGGAUGACGAAUAUCUUGAUGAUUCUCAGGAAUGUCAGUUGUGUGAAGCAUCCUGUCAGAAGUGCACUGGACCUAAGGUGGAUGACUGCAUCAGUUGCCCUAGAACAAGAUUCUUUGACAAUGGUCGUUGUGUAAUGCAAUGCCCCAGGGGAAAGUUUGAAUUCAAAAAGCAGUGUCAUUCGUGCCAUCAUACCUGCCAGGACUGCAGUGGAAGUGAACCUAACAAAUGCACUGCUUGUGGAACAGAUAGACGAGGGAUGGAGCGUUUUCUGUACCGUGGGGAGUGCAGAGAAAGCUGUCCCCCAGGUCACUACCAUUCAGAGCACACCUGUGUGCCCUGCUCUGGUCACUGCGAAGUGUGCCUGAAUACUAGACACUGCAAAAGAUGUACCAGAGGAUACUACCUUAACCAAAAUAUAUGUCAGAAGCAUAGCUGUAGAGAAGGUGAACUGGAAGAUCCUGACACUGAAGACUGUGUGCCUUGCUCAGAAGGAUGUCAGAACUGUCAGUUCGAUGACCCAAGAAUCUGUAUGACAUGUGUUCCGAACUACUACAUGUAUAAACAGAGUUGCUAUAAACACUGUCCAGACAAUACCUACAGUGAUGAAACUUCCCUGCAAUGUAAAGAAUGUCCUAGCAACUGUGAUAGCUGUGACAAGGACAAGUGUGACUUUUGUAAGGAAGGCUUUUAUCUCUCAGGUGACACAUGCGUGACUGAGUGUGGAGAUGGCUUCUUCACUGAUGACAUGUCUAGAGAAUGUGAACCUUGUCACAGGAGCUGCACAACAUGUGUUGGGUACAGCUAUGAGAAUUGCACUGGAUGCCCAAAAGAUUUCCAGCUUUCUCAGGGACGGUGUCUGAAUCCAAGAAAUUAUCCACCCAGUGGGAAAUUCUGGAGUGCUGCAAAAAAACAGUUGCAACCAUGUGAUCCUUCAUGUAGGACCUGUGACAAAUCUGCUGACAGGUGCACUUCAUGUCCAGAAGGCAUCAGAAAGUCAGACUUCCAUGAAGAUGAAAGCAUUUUUGUAGCCACCAAAGGCAAAUCUUUUGGAUAUAUUUCUAAUCGGGGAUACUUCAAUGAUUCUGGGACUUGCAAGGAAUGCAGUGGUUCCUGUAAGACAUGUGAGGGAAGUGCUACCAAAUGCCUGUCAUGCAAAAGUCCUUUGCUUCUGGAGCAGUGGGAAUGUAAACCUACCUGUUCACAGAAACAUUUUGCCUUUGAUGGAAUCUGUAAACAUUGCCCUGCUAUGUGUCUGGAGUGCAUUCACAGUGAAACAUGCAAAGAGUGUGUGGAUGGGUUCUUCCUGCAUGAAGGGAAAUGUGUAGAGGACUGCCCUACCCAAUUCUAUGCUGAAGACAAGCACUGCUUUCCCUGCCAUGGAGACUGCAAGGACUGCAACGGACCAGACUCAGAUGACUGUAUUGAGUGUGCAGUCAGCUACUUUGUCCUAUAUGAUGGCAAGUGUUCUGAAGAGUGCCCUGAGGGGACUUACUAUGAAGAUGAGACUGAAGACUGCCAAGCAUGCAAUAGGACAUGCAAGUCUUGUUCUUCAUCCACUGCCUGCAUUACAUGCAGAAAUGGCCUGAUCCUGAAUCGUAACGGGCACUGCGUACUAUCCGGACACUGCUCUCGCACCGAGUACUAUGAUGAGAAUACUGAGACCUGCAAAACUUGUCAUAAGAAAUGUUUUCACUGCUCAGGACCAACUGAACACCAGUGUAUUAGUUGUGCAAACAACCGCUAUCUUUUCAAUACAACCUGUGUUGAAACAUGCCCGGCUGGGUACUACGCUGACAGUGAUGAAGGACGGUGUUCCCCAUGCCACAUCACCUGUGCCACCUGCAGUGGAAAACACAGCUCACAGUGCCUUUCCUGUAAACCAGGCUUGUACAGGCAAGGAAAAGGAUGCGUAAGCCAGUGUCCAACGGGCUAUUUUGCACAAAACUCCACUGGGUCAUGCGAGCGCUGCCACAAGGGCUGUAAGGAGUGCAUGGGGCCUCAACCAACAGACUGCCUUUUCUGUGAUACAUACUUCUACCUGCUGCACUCCAAGAACCAGUGUGUUAGCUCUUGUCCUGAAUAUUACUAUGAAAACAAGGAAGAAAAUGUCUGUGAAAGAUGCCACCCUUUCUGCCGAACUUGCAAAGGAAAGGAAGGAUUCAGCUGCACAUCUUGUGUAUGGAGCUACAGUUUCUUAAAUGGAAUGUGCAGCUCAGACUGCUUUGUAGGUUACUACAAAGUCCAGGAGGCACCAGGACAAGAGACAAAGUGUGAGAAAUGCGACAGCACAUGCACGGAGUGCAAGGGACCUGGACCUCUCAACUGUACCAUCUGCCCAGCUGGCAUGCAACUCUACCUGGAGGAAGGCCGCUGCCUACCGUGCUGCAGUGACACUGACCCAGCAGGCAUCCCAGAGUGCUGUGACUGCAGUGAAACACAAGAUGACUGUGUAUUACGGACCACAUUACCACCAGCGAGCAAAAACAAAAGCGCUUUCUUUGUCAUUAUCUGCAUUUUACUUAUCCUUGUCAUUGGAGCCAUUGUAGUCAUCUGGAGAAAAUCAAAAUCGAAACAACACACUGCCAGUAAAGGUAGGUAUGAGAAGCUGACAAAUGACUCCAAAACCCUUCCUUCCUAUGCGAGCAAUUAUCAUGAGAGCCCAAGCUAUCAGGAAGACCAAGUGAUUGAAUACAGGGAUCGAGAUAUCGAUGAUGAUGAUGAUGAAGAUGACAUUGUAUAUAUGGGUCAGGAUGGCACAGUCUAUCGUAAAUUUAGAUAUGGACUUCUGGAGGAUGAUGAAGAAGAUGAGCUUGAAUAUGAUGAUGAAAGCUAUUCAUUUAGAUAA